GACGGCGAAUCAAGUGAUGUCGAGACUCUAAGCAUCGGGAUGACAUUCGAAUCGGGCACAGAUGCGCUACAUGCCGUUCAAGACUAUGCGCUUGCUCACGGGAAGGCGGUCAAGGUCAAGCAACGCAGCGGAAUGCAUCGGUUGAUUGGCUGUACUGCGGAAGGCUGUACGUUUUGGGUUAAAGUCUACCGGAAGCGGCGGGCUGAUAAGACGUACGGGCCGUGGUACAUAUCGUCCAUGAACACGAAGCAUGUAAACUGUGUGUCCAGCGCCAACCCAACCAGGCGCCAGAUUGCCGAGCUCCCAACUUUCGAAAGCGCGGUUAGAGCUGACUACACCAUCUCAGCACCAGCGUUGGCAGAGCAGGUUCAGCACAGAGACGGCAUUUCUCUUCAGAAAAAACGAAGAACUCUCUACCGAGCCCCCGAAGCUGUUCAUGAACUUAAGUCGAAGGAUCUUGCUCGAUCGUACGAGAAAAUACCCAGCUACCUGGGGCAAUUUGCUGCACUGAAUCCCGGAAGC